GAGAGAGAGAGAGUGAGCAUUAGCUCAAGCUACCCCUGGAAAACGGAAAUGUUCAGUGUUCACAGUGUGGCUUGCAUAUUUCACUCUGACAUCUCACUACCAUGUUGUUCAACAUGGUAGUGAUUAGGUAAUGCUAAGAAUUUUAUUUUUCUUUUUCCUCUUGCUUUCUUCAUUUUUCUUUCAGCUUUCUCUUGUUUUCUUUUUACUCUUUCCUUCCAACCUCUUUCCCUACUCCCUUCCUUUCUUUCUUCCUUCCCUUCUUUCUUUCUUUCCUUCAUUCAUUUUUUUCAUUCUUUCUUUCUUUCUUCCUUCCUUGCUUUUCUUUCUUUCUUUCUUUCUUUUUUUCUUUCUUUCUCUCUUUCCUUUUUUUGGGGUGGUAGUGAAGGGGGAUUGGAUUGGUUGUUCUCAGAACAGGGAGCUGGAAUUGAUGCACAGAUCAGUAGUGUCCUUGCUGGAGUGGCUGUCACAUGAAUUUUUUGGAGAUCUCUGGAGAAAACAGAAAGAAAUUGAAAUGGCAUGAAUGAAUUAAACCAGCCAGAUUCCCUAUGGCUUCUUCAGGGGACCCUAUUGCUCUGAUUAAAGAAUUUCCCCAACACUGGAGAAAACAGUCUUUUAGUCUUUCAGCAAGAUUUUGUGAAUACCAGUGUACAGUUUUUUUGACAUCAUUUACCAGCUCUGACUUUGUUUCUCACUUUUUAGUUUACGACACAUAACUGAAAAUGUCCCAGAAAGAUGAUCCAUCCAAGUUAAUCACCUGUGAAGAGUUGUGGACCCACUGAGUACAAAAGCAAAUCUUCCUUCUAUGUGAGCCAAAAAAAUGAAAAACAGCCUGCCAAACACCAGUAAAGAGAUGACUGUCAUCAUAUGGGAAUUUGAAGAGCUACUAUAUGGCACAUUUAUGAUCAAAUGGGAGAGGAUCAACUGUUAUGAUGUCCCAGAGGCCUUUUAACUGAGUAAAGAAGAAGGGAAAAUUAUAACAGCUUGUCAUCUGUGCUUGCACAUUAGACUUCAAUGUAGUUAAUGUAGACAAAUCCAAAGCAAACAUGCAGAUAGUUACUUGAAAAAAACCGAAAUCAUGUAUAUAAGCCCAGACCAAUGCAAUAAAAAGGAUGUUAUUCUAUAUUCAGUCUCCCCAGCCCAUCGAUGAUCAGUCUUUUAGAAAGAGCAGCAGUAAAUUAUAAAUUUAGCUUUUUAACCACCAUUUAGCAAAGGCAGUUUCUCUAGAAAGAAACAUGCCUGCUAAUGACACAUGUGCUGGGACAGAUGGAUCCAAUACAGAUUUUCGGUACUUCAUCUAUGCAGUGACAUACACUGUCAUUCUUGUGCCAGGUCUCAUAGGGAACAUAUUAGCCUUGUGGGUAUUUUAUGGCUAUAUGAAAGAAACCAAACGGGCUGUGAUAUUCAUGAUAAACUUAGCCAUUGCUGACUUAUUACAAGUCCUCUCCUUGCCACUGAGGAUCUUUUACUACUUGAAUCAUGACUGGCCAUUUGGGCCUGGCCUCUGCAUGUUUUGUUUCUACCUGAAGUAUGUCAACAUGUAUGCAAGCAUCUACUUCUUGGUCUGCAUCAGUGUGCGAAGAUUUUGGUUUCUCCUCUACCCCUUUCGCUUCCACGACUGUAAACAGAAAUAUGACCUAUACAUCAGCAUUGCUGGCUGGCUAAUAAUCUGCCUUGCCUGUCUGCUAUUUCCACUCCUCCGAAGCAGUGAUGACACCCCUAGCAACAGAACAAAAUGCUUUGUGGAUCUUCCUACCAGGAAUGUCAAUCUAGCCCAGUCUGUUGUCAUGAUGACCAUUGGCGAGUUGAUUGGAUUUGUCACUCCUCUUCUGACUGUCCUGUAUUGUACCUGGAAGACGGUUUUAUCACUGCAGGACAAAUAUCCUGUGGCUCAAGACCUUGGAGAGAAAAAGAAAGCCUUGAAGAUGAUUCUAACCUGUGCAGGAGUUUUCCUAAUUUGCUUUGCACCUUAUCACUUCAGUUUUCCUUUAGAUUUCCUGGUCAAGUCCAAUGAAAUUAAAAGCUGCCUAGCCAGAAGGGUGAUUCUAAUAUUUCAUUCUAUUGCCUUGUGUCUUGCUAGUCUGAAUUCCUGCCUUGACCCAAUCAUAUACUACUUUACCACUGAUGAGUUCAGAAGACGGCUUUCAAGACAAGAUUUGCAUGAUAACAUAAAACUCCAUGCAAAAUCAUUUGUGAGCAGCCAUACCACUUCUACCUUGACAACUGAACUAUGUUAAAAAAAAAAACUGAAUGUGGACUGAAACUUAAGCUAUAAAAUUUCAGUGACAUACUAUACACAUAUGAUCUCAACUAGAGCCAGCAGUUGUAUCUGUGAACCUAAGACAAAGAGAGACUAUUAGGUUGAAGUCAUUAUAAGCACUUAGUUUUGUUACAAUGGACAUUGAGUUUCCUUGUAUUUAGAAGCAAUGUAAUUGUCUAUUUAUACUAGUAAUCACAGUUUAUAUCCCAAUAUCAUAUUUUAGUUGUCUUUAAGUAGGAUGGACAUUAUAUUAUUCUGCAAAAACAGUGUUAAAAUCAUGGACCUUUUUUUUUUUUUGUGGUACGUGGGCCUCUCACUGUUGUGGCCUCUCCCGUUGUGGAGCAUAGGCUCUGGACGUGCAGGCUCAGCGGCCAUGGCUCACGGGCCUAGCCGCUCCGCGGCAUGUGGGAUCUUCCUGGACCAGGGCAUGAACCCGUGUGCCCUGCAUCGGUAGGCGGACUCUCAACCCCUGCGCCACCAGGGAAGCCCGCAUGGACCAUUUUUAUCUCCAUAUGUGAUUACACUCUAGUGUUUGAAGACUCAAAUAGCUAUUUCCUUCAUUUCAAUAUCAGUAUGAAAAAUCAUCUGUCACAUCUAUUAAUAGAAUGAAAAUCUGAACUCAGGCCUCUGGUAUGUUUAAAAUAAGAACAAGAAAUAAAUUCACAUACUCUCUAUGACUGUAUAAAUUGCCAUAUUUAAUCUAACCAGGGCAGGUGGCUUGUCAAAGUUCAUACAAUGUGACCCAAAUUGCCUUUAAAGGUCCAGGAGAAAGCAGAUAGGUGAUAAUCAUAGUUCUGAUUCUCUUAAACUUUUUACAGAGAACACCUCUGAAGAUGUACGGAUCUGCCAAGUAAAAGAAAUGUCCACCAUGCUUCUAGAGUGACAUCAAGGUACCUCUGACAGGUUACUGCACUUUCUGAGCCUAUGGAAGAAGUAGUGCACUAAGUUUAGGCCACUAAGUUUAGGCCAGAGCAAAAAGAUGAAGUUAUUUCUUAUUUUUAAGUUAGGUGGCAACUGUCAAGCUGCAUUCACAAGCCAGAGUAGGUUUGGAGGCAGCCAGGCAUGUGGACCCUAGAGUCUUCAGUAAUUUUUCUGGCCCAGCUUUGCCCCAGUCAUAACAUUGUAAGGCCAGCACAGCCUCCCUCCCAGCAUCUGGGGAAGUCAGUAUUUUCCCCUUUUGAGAAAAGUGCAGAAGAUUAAUUUUGGCCACAUUGGACGCCCAUUAAAAUGCCUUGCCUCCUACCUGUUUAGUACUAGUAUGCAGGAAACAGACCCAGGAUAUGAGUAGUAAUUUAACCUGAGGUCUUAAAUAUUAGAAUACUUUGAAAAAUACUUUGGCAAAAAGCUCUAAGUUUCAAAGCGUGCUUUAAUUAAAAUCUGUGUGCUUUAAAAUGAAGAAACAUGCUACUUCCUAUCUGGAAGGAAUGUGAAAAUCAAGGAAGAGCUCCAUCAUAUUUACAGAAAGGGAGUUAUUUUAAGCACACAGUUACAAUACCAAUAUAUUUGGGGAAAAAAAACUGGUGAAAUCAAAAUGAAUUCUAAUAUCUAAGAUGAAUGGAAAUUCUUCUAAUGUUUUCUCUAGGCAAGUGUUGAUUUGCUUGUACUUUGUUAUUAAGAUAAUACCCUGCUAGAAGAUUGACUUUGUGCUGCUAGCAAUAGUGUAUGUAUUUAUAUCCUAAUUAUUCAUCAUAAGGUACAUAUUUCGAUGUGUUAAAUGAGUUCCAAAUGAGUGUUAAAUUGUGUUUUAAAAUGGGUAACUGUAAUUAUGCCUGGUCUCUUUGCUUUAAAGUGAUUUGUGUUUGAACAUAAUUCAGUGUUGUAAUGGGAUUAGAAGUAAUAAUUUUGUGGGUACUUGUAAUGAAAGGGCCUUGUCUAUACUAUAUGUGUCUAUUAUUUUCUAUAUUAGCAUGAAUUACACUUUUUAGGGUCAUUUUGGGAGACCAGUGAUUUAAUUUCAUUAACAUAUUAAUUUCACUUUAAACAUAUCUAUUAUUUUAAACAGGAGGCAAAUAUAUCCAGGAGAUAUAUUUCCUCAUUCUUAGAGGAAAUGUUGAGGUUAUAGCCCAUUUAUUAGGCAGUCCAGAAGCCCUUGAAAAGUAUUUAUAUCAUUUGAGGAAAAUACAGAGAGAACAAGUGUCCAGUAUUUUUAUGCUGCUUAGCUAGGACCACACCUUCUCUUCAGGCCUGCCCAUCUAAGUUUGUAUUCAAUGCUGUGAUUUACUUUAUCAAGCCCUCAUCAUCAUCAGUAUGUUUUGUCUUCUGUCUUAUUCCCUUGUUCUAGUCAGUAACUGAUAAAUUUAUUCACACUAAUGUACUAAUGACUAAUGUUAGCUUAAUAUUAAUUUGCCAAAGGAUAUCUGAAUUCUAGGCCUUAGGGAUGAACUUUAACUCAAAGUGUAAAUCUCUCACUUUUAAUGGAGGGAUUAAAGACACUGAAGCAGACUGGAAAGGAAGAUAUUUUGAAGAAAGUGAGUCUUACAGCAGUGCCUUUCAGGUUACAUAUAGUAAGUGAUCACCUAAUUUUCUUACAAUAGGGGAUGCUAAAUUUUAAGAAAUAUAUCUACAAACAUGACUAUCAGUUUCUCAGAUCUCUGCUUGUUUUCUUUUUCUUUUUGCCUUUUUCCCCUUCCAACUCUGGAUCUGAUUUCCAGGGAAAAGUCUAAACUAGGAGAGAAGUAGUGUUGCAGCUACCAUCCAGACAGCAGCCUCUUGAGUGUCUCCUUUCCUUGGAGAAUUUUCUCUCCAAACCUCCCAUUUGUCACUUUCCGGGUUUAAUGAAAAAAGUAAAACCCUCAAAAAGUAAACACCAUCAACUACAGCAAUAUACAAUUCAAGAUAAAUGAACUCACAUUUUCUAUUAAAGUUAUUUGAGUUCUGAUUGCAAAAUGUACACACAAUUAUUCCAACAAAUAUUUUUUUAAAGUGGCUUUCUAAAAAAUUUUUAUUCAUUUAUUUAUUUAUUUAUUGGCUGCAUUGGGUCUUCAUUGCUGAGCAUGGGCUUUCUCUAGUUGUGGCAAGUGAGGGCUACUCUUCAUUGCAGUACGUGGACUUCUCACUGCUGUGGCUUCUCUUGUUGCAGAGCAUGGGUUCUAGGCACGCAGACUUCAGUAGUUGUGGCAUGUGGGCUCAGUAGUUGUGGCUCAUGGGAUCUAUGGUGCAGGUUCAGUAGUUGUGGCACAUGCACUUUGUUGCCCCAAGGCCUAUGGGAUCUUCCUGGACCAGGGCUCGAACCCGUGUCCCCUGCAUUGGCAGGCGGAUUCUUAACCACUGCACCACAAGGGAAGUCCCCAACAGAUAUUUUUAAUAUGGAGUGAUUUCCAUGUUAUUAUUAUUGUCAUUAUUGUUAUUUUUAUUAUUAUUAUAUUCAAAUGGUUUAUAUGUUUUUAUUGUCUCUUUGUUUAGGAACUUAUUCUGUUAACCUGUAAUUCCAUGAAAAGGAGCCAUCUGCUCUAGGAACAACAGAUCAAAUUACCUUGGUCUGAAACUAUGCAUAAGUGGAACUCCUGUGCAACGUAAUUUUUCUGUCAUCUUUUUGUUUUUACUCCCAAAAGACUGUGAAAAUGUUGCACUUGGAAUAUAUUUAUGUCUAUAAUUUAUAAUAUGUAUUUUAGUAAUAAAGAUGGUCUCUCUAUUUGCAUAGAAAAUUUCUGCCUCCAGAAUUCAAUGUCACUUUUUCAGCAAACUGAUGUAAUUGAUGAUCUUUGUCAGUGUUCUCACAUACAUGGAUGUUAAGUCCCCAGAGGCUCUACUCUCCCUUUCUCUCUGGAGUGGUGCGUUCUAUUUUCAAAUGGAAAGAUGAACCACUUCCCCAUCCUACCCUACACCUGCCAUCCACUCUUCCCAUACUGUUCACACCCUACUAAGAUUAUUCCCCAUCCUCACUUGUUGACCAAGUUUACCCAAAUGACUUAAAUACUUGUACUUUUUAAAGUAUAGUCUUUGGGCAGAAAAGGAGAUGAGGGAACAGAAAGAAUAUUUUCUCUUUAAUCUUAAGGGUUUUUAAGACCCAAUAGUUUGAUUUUUCUUAUAGAUUAGCAGGGAAAAAGUCUUAUCCUUCACUGUCCCCCUCUGCUCUUCUCAAAACAGAUCUACAUAAACAAAACAAAACAAAUAGUAAAGUCAGGAGAAUUGUCUCUGGCUCUCCUCUCAUCCUAGUUAUCUUUCUUCCACUUUAGCAACUCCCUUCUCAUCUCACCUAUAUUCCUAAUGCUUUCAGUAUCUUCUGCAAUAACCAAGUUUUUAUGAAUUACACAUUUUGACUGCUACAGAAAAAUGUUCCUAGGAAGUGGUAAAGGCUUUCCUAAGGAGAAAUUUCUGAUGUUUUGGUAGACUUGAAAAAAGUAAUGGGAUAUAAAUAUGGGAUUUGACCCACACAUCAAAUGUCCUCAAAUAAUGUACAUCCCUCCUACAUGCCUUCUUGAAGCCACCUCACAAGUAAUUUUACUGCCUUCACUGUACCUUAUUUUGAGAGGGAAGAAGUGAGAGAUAAACUCUCAAGUAAAUGUGGCUCUUUCAACUUAUUUACUCCUCAAUAAUUAAAGGAUGUGAUGAGUGUUUGAGAGGCAGGCAGUGAGCUGUAUCUUUUUUGAACUUCACAGAUAAUUUCUUCAGCAGAACUUCCUCAGACUUAAACACUUACUUGAUUUUUCCAAGACCUUAUUUCUUCUUCUAUUUUCUGUUGACUAAGUUCUCUUCAUCUAACUACUUACUGAACAUCUGCUUAUUCAUCUAUAGGCAUAGUCCUUAUUUAAGGCCUUACAUUUUCCUUCUUGGAUCUCUUCAAGGAAUAAUAGAGUAACUGUUCAUUGGUGGGAAGUGGGCUGUAAUUAGGCCUAUCAAUCUGACCCCAAUAUCUUCCUUUUUACAGGAGCUUCAGAAGCAGAGCUGAGAGGCAGAUCUAGGAUCUUUGUUCUUCAAGUUUGAUUCUGUCCCACAAUAGAAAGAUGUUUUUCAGCCUUUCCUAAAUAAUGUUGAAUAUUCACAACUUGAACAAAGACCAGGAUCAUUUAUACUUUUUAAAAUGCCAAUCUAA